UUAGGGCUUCAGGCUGAAAUAACUUGUUGGUUUACUAAAUGGGAAUGAUUUAAAAGGUCUAAUAGACUGCUGACCUAAAAGCUUUCGUAAUUUACUCAAGUCAUAUCAAGCUGAGAAUCUAGUUUUUCUGUCACUGCUGUGCCCCAAAGUGCUACUCCUGUUCCGCCUCCAAGGCACAGGUGGAGCAGCCAUGUCCACUGGCUCUGCAGCAAGCGAUGCUGAGGACUAUGAGACGUGUUACAGAAGGACAGCGAACCCUUUGGAGAGGAGCGCGCGGAAGAUCACCUGCUACGAUCCCAGCCCAUAUUCGGACGAGGAGCUGGAUGACGAAGGUGCGGACGGGAGGGUCAAGCAGGAGCGCAGGCUGUCCAGGGCGCAACAGAAGGAGGCGCGACAGUCGCAGAGAAACGCGGCCAACGCCAGGGAGAGAGCGCGGAUGAGAGUGCUGAGCAAAGCUUUCUCCAGACUAAAAACCAGCCUGCCCUGGGUACCAGCGGACACCAAACUGUCCAAACUGGACACGCUUCGACUCGCCUCGAGCUACAUAUCUCACCUGAGGCAGCUUCUGCAGGAUGACCGAUUCGAGAACAGCUUUGGGCACCCAGUCAGUCUGACCUGGCCAUUCAUGAUGACAGGCAGAUCAGAGGACCAAGACAUCUCAACCACUGUAAGACUUUGUGGAGCCACAGCAUAGGAGCCAGCUCCAGUGCCCCCCCCCCCCCCACCCCACCCCCCACCCAUCCACCUACCCACCCCCUGAAGAACCUGAAGACAGAGAGACCCCUCCUCUCCAGUCCUCUUCUUUGAAAAAAUGGUUUGCAUUUGUGGCCCCAUGACAAUGAACUUUGAAACUAUAUUUUAUUAUGUGCAUGUUUUUUUUUUUUGUGUUUUGCUGAAGUCUAUAUGAUGGCAUGUUUACAAUGAGUGUAACCGCUUGUCUUCAUAUAUAUUGGUUUCUAACGUUGCGGAUUUGUUUUUUUUAAUUUUUUUUUUAACAAACUCCAGCACUUGUCAUAGCUACUGUUGAUGAUUGGACAGUGUAUCAUUAAACAUUAGGGUUGUGCACAAAACCUCACUGAUGUACAAUAUGGUUUUGCCAGCCCACCCCAUGUGUGAUAUACAACAGCGGUCUGUUUACUAUUCUCAUCUGUAUGUAUCGAGGUAUUUGACAGGUAUUAGAGUGCAGUUGAGUGUUAUUUGUUUUGCUGCUUAGACUUGAAUAUAUCAGAGCAUCAUAAGGCCCCACAUGUGCAGCAGGAUGACUCUAUAUUGCAGAUCUAUUUAUUGGUAUGUUUGUGCUUUCAAAUGUUUGCCUUUCAGAUAAAAGUUUGGUAACACUG